UUCUAAUUUUUUUUUCCUUGCAUAUUUUUUUUGCUCUAUCUCUAAGCACUCAUCCCGAUUGGAGGUGUUCUUCGUUGCUCUUUUCAUCGUCUCUUCGAUCUCAGAUCGAAUUUCUGCGACAUUUCUCCGUGAACACAAUCAUGAGUUCUUAGGGUUUGGCUACGUUGUCUCCUCUCGAAUCUUCGCUUCUCAGGUCGAAUUUUUCAGUCCCUGUUAGGGUUUCGAAGAUCCGAAUCUCUUGAGGGGGUAUUUCGGCGUUUUGAGCUCGCGGCAAGAUGUUCUGGCGGAUGGCGGGAUUGUCCACGGCGUCUCCGGUGGAGACAAUUUUGGACAAAGAUGGUUUCACACUGGAGGAACUUCUUGAUGAAGAUGAAAUUAUCCAGGAGUGCAAAUCCCUGAAUGGGCGCCUCUUAAAUUUCUUGAGAGAAAGGACGCAGGUGGAACAGCUUAUUAAGUACAUAAUAGAGGAGCCUCCUGAGGAUGCAGAGAAGAAUCGGACCUUUAAGUUUCCUUUCAUUGCCUGUGAAAUCUUCACUUGUGAGAUUGAAAUGAUACUCAAACAACUAGUGGAGGAUGAGGAGUUGAUGAAACUACUGUUUUCCUUUUUGGAACCUAAGCAAGCUCAUAACACAUUGCUUGCUGGAUACUUCAGCAAGGUCGUCAUUUGUUUGCUGGUGUUGAAGACUGUUCCAUUCAUGCAAUUCAUUAAAGAGCACCAAGAAAUACUCAAGCAGCUUGUCGAUCUGAUUGGUAUUACAUCAAUUAUGGAGGUUUUAAAACGUCUGAUCGGCACUGAUGAACACUUGUAUACAAAUUACACAAGUGCGAUGCAGUGGAUAGAAGAUACAGAUGUUUUAGAGAUGAUUGUGGACAAGUUUUCAUCCUCUGAUUCUCCUGAGGUGCAUGCCAAUGCUGCGGAAAUUCUAUGUACAGUAACACGAUUUGCACCCCCUGGCCUUGGUGCAAAAAUUUCAAGUCCAAGCUUCAUCAGGAGGUUGUUUCAACAUGCUUUGGAAGUUACACGACCUAAGUCUGUUCUGGUCAAUUCAUUGUCUGUGUGCAUAUCAUUGCUAGAUCCUAAGCGGUUUACAUUGGGAGCAUAUCAUAUGUACAGUCGUCAACUAACCCAUGGAACUGUGGUCACCAAUCCUGAGACUGUGGAUGGAAUGUUAGGGAGCUUAGGCGAAUUACUUAAGCUUUUGAAUGUUUCAUCUGAUGAGGGCGUUUUAUUAACUACAUUUGGAAAACUGCAACCACCUCUUGGAAAACACCGUCUGAAGAUUGUAGAGUUCAUCUCGGUCUUACUCACAGUCUGUAGUGAAUCAGCUGAAAAGGAUGUGAUUCGACUUGGGGCUGUGAAGAUAAUCUUGGACUUGUUCUUUGAGUACCCCUACAACAAUUUUUUGCAUCACCACAUCGAGAAUGUAAUUGUAUCGUGUUUGGAGAGCAAGAAUACUGAACUUCGUGAUCAUCUUCUUCGUGAAUGUGAUCUUGUCGGAAAAAUACUAGAAGCAGAGAAAGUUCCCACAUUGGCAGCUGAUUUGGAUAAGCCGACAAUCCCUGCCGAGGGCAGAAAGCCACCCAGAGUAGGAAGUAUUGGCCAUUUGACUCGUAUCUCCAACAAACUCUCUCAGCUGGCUAAUAACAACACUGAAAUUCAGUCACAUUUGCAGGAAAAUAGUGAUUGGACGAACUGGCAGACAGAUGUCCUUUCAAAGCGUAACUCAUUGGAAAAUGUGUGCUCUUGGGCCUGUGGGAGGCCAACUUCACUGCAUGAUCGAACUAGAGAUAGUGAUGAUGAUGAUUACCAAGAUAGAGACUAUGAUGUGGCCGCCCUAGCAAAUAACUUGAGCCAGGCCUUUCGAUAUGGAAUUUAUAGCAAUGAUGACAUUGAUGAGGCCCAAGGCUCUAUGGAAUGCGAUGACGAGGACGUCUACUUUGAUGAUGAAUCUGCUGAAGUCGUCAUAUCGUCUUUGCGCCUUGGAGAUGACCAAGAGAGCGGAUCUUUGUUCACAAACUCAAACUGGUUUGCUUUCGAGGACGAGAGAGAGGCUAAUGAGCGCUCAAUGAGCUCGCCCGCAUCUACUCCUUCCCCCAACGCUGAAUGGGUCACUGAUGGUGAUGGUGAUGGUGAUGGUGAUGGUGAUGUGGUCAUAGGUGAAGCGGAUGAUGACAUGGAAGACACCGCAAUUUCCUCCAACAGAUCGGUCGAAACGAAGGCAGGAGAUGUCGGAGCAGCAGACGAUGCAUCUGAGAACUCGGGCGAACCAUCUGAAUCUGAAAAAUCACCUGCUUGGGUUGAAUGGAGAGAAACCUCGGGUUCCGCCGGGCCCUCCAAACCGAACGGUGAGGUCCAGAUGGACAUAGAGGAGGAACAUGAUCAUGAUGAUGCUUGUAAGAAUGAGGACAACAAUUCACCAGAAGCAAGUGGUCGAGAUUCUGCUUCGAAUACCUCGAAACCGGCAGAAUCACAUGAGAAGGCGGAAAACGAGCAAGCGAGAAAGGUUGCGGAAAAAUCACCCGCGACAGAAACCGAGCAAGCUGUGGAGUAGUGUACGUUUUCCGAAGCAUCAUUGCCUAUAUUCAAUUCGUCUCUAACGAGUAAACCUCCUGAUGGUGGUUAGCUUCGUUGCGGGUUUUCGCUGUUUCGGGUACGAUUUAUUAUUCUUUUUCUUCAUCAUCUUCUUCCCUUUGUACCGGGUUCGAGUUCUAGCUCUUCUUCUUCUUCUUGGUCUAACAUUAUCAUUGUCUUACCAAAUUUGUUUUAGCAUUUUAUGUUACGGAGUCUUUUGGCUCUCCUUAUUCAUCAAAGUCUGGGUAUUGUAAAGCUUGUUACGUUAUAUGACUCUGAACUCUCUUACAAAGGUGGUGUCCUAAUUCACAGUUUUUUGCAGUAA